AUGAGUGCUUAUCUUUCGAGCCUAAUAGGGCGAUUGAGUGGAGAAGGACCAGUAUUCAGCCCCGCGGCGCCUUCCAAAGAGCUAAAAUCGCCCGAAAUUUCAACUAUCACGCUUUUCAAUCCCAAAUGGGCCUCAGGCGAGAACAUAGACGAACUUAAGCACCAGAUACUAUUUUUCGAAACAGAUACGGAUGUAACUGAGGCAAACGAGGCAAGCAAACGACAUGACUCACAGAAAGAAACAAACUCAGCUAACCAUACAAGAGAAACAGAAGAUGAGCACCAAUCUGGCUCAAACUCCAAUACUAAUGAUGUCACGGCCUUGAACAUAGUGGGGCUCCUUCGCGGGUCUCAGGCUCUUGCUGAUGAGUUAGGCGGUAGCUCGGAGCCGCUUGUGGUGCUGCUUUCUGGUGGGGCUUUCAUUGUGGAGGAAAUUGAGCAAGAUUUCUUUUUGGCGUGUUUUGUGGCUAUUCCACCCCACUUGAAACCACAGCAGGAGGCUGUGGUUGCCCAUGUACGAUGUAUCAUGGUCCAAAUUCACGCAGGGUUUUCGAUUCUUCAUCCUCCUAUUCAGAGACUUGAGAAACUCUUCGGACGACAAUGGUUAAGUGAUGUACUCCAACUGCACUGGAUGCUGUGGAGAAAUGCAUUCAAUGCUUCAGCUCGAAGCUCCUUUGGUCCCCUGCUGCUUGCAUGGCCCAAUCAAGUUAACCUGCAAGGCUUUUUAGGCAUGUUUCCUGGUGGUCACCAGCUUCUGGAUAUAGUAGUAUCGAGCAAGUUAAAGGCGUGUGUGGAUAGCAUUGUGAAAAGAGAGGCAGAUGAGGAAACUCAGAGAGAAACAGAAGGGGAAAUUGAGGGCGUACCUGAGGAAGAAGUAGAGGGAGCAGUAGAUGGUAUCGAACAAAAGACGCAGCAAAGCAUCGAUGGUCUUGAUCUGCUGAAAAGCAAUCGCCGAGAAACUGAAACGGGAUCGGACAGUGGAAUCAACAAUCUGGCCGUUCGCCCCUCUGCUGUUCUUCUUUCUCUCGUGUCACGACCUGAUCAUGAGCUUCCGCCCAAAUACAGGGGCCUUGCCUAUCUGACUGGUGAAUUGGCUCAAGAAGACAUGUGCCGUGUUGCUGCCUUCCUCCAAUUUCUCGCGUCACACAACCAGCUUGAAGAACCACUAUCACUUCAAUCUGUGAAAGAGAUGUUCUGUCGAAUGGAGAAAGAACUAAAGACUAAGCAUUCAGAACCAGAGGCUGAACCAGCUGCAGCAUCAGCCGCCAUUUCACCCUUCACUCCGACAUUUGCACCAUCCCUCGAUAGUUUGAGACCUGAAAAUCUUGCUGAUACACUAGUUCUGCCGUUCACGUAUUCAUUAUCAGGUCUUCGGAUGCUUGGCCAAGCAGUCAACGAACAAAUCCUGGCACCAUGGCGGACUGAGCAAGCAGCAGAACCAGAACCAGAGGCGGAACCAGAACCCGAGCAAGGAACUUUUAUCACAGGCGCCGACCAUGGGCAAUUCCUCAUCUAUCUAGGAUCAAGUGCUCGAGAGUAUCUGCUUGUGCUCUAUUUGCAUGGGUCAGCUCUUAUAGCUCUUGUGUAUGAGUCGGGUCUUCCAAAAUUAGGACUGCCAGAUUUCUACGAGGAAUUGAAGGAAAAGCUCAAUCUGGCAGCAGACUCGCUUGGGGAAUGUGUUACCCAGACGACGGGCCAAAAUAACCAUGUUUCAAGCACAACAGAUGGUGCAACAGAGAGCGAAGUAGAAACGAAUGGUUCGGAAACAAGUUCAAUCCAGAACCAGCAAAGUCUCAAUGCUAACACUGCGAUAACGACGCCUACAUCUGGACCUACGCAAAGCCCUUCAAAACAUUCGCCAGGCGUUUCUUCCGACAACGAUUUUUUCUAUUUUGUCUACGACAGAAUACAUCACAGCUACCAAAGCUCGCUUCCACCGUUGGAAAGCACGGCACUUUUCCAUCUCCACGAUCAGGUCAUAGACCAUUUUUUGAUCAAAAAAGGCGGCAAUGCAUUUGCUUCCACCGGGGCUGCAGAACACCUCCAUAAGUUUUCCAGCACGAAAACAAACGACUGGUUGUUCUACGUGGUGCGCCAAGAGCAGAAGUUCAUCUUAGUAAUACGAAACUACAAUCGACGGCGGCCACGAGAAAGUGAGCACGUGCGCCCUGCCACAAAGUCGUACGCCCAUCUUGGAUUCAUAGAUAGUCUAGGAGACGAUGUGCGUGCGUGGCUUGAACGGUUUGUUUAG